AAGGUGGGAUUGGCGGUACACUUCCCUAUUAAAGCCAUUUGGCAUAAAUAAAUGUAGUUUUUAAAAAUGAAUAUGGCCAUGAGUUGGGAGUUUUGCCAAGGAAUAGUUUGGAGCAUGAAUUGGUGGAGUGACAGUUCUGUUGUGUCUAGGGGAAGUGCAGGCCUCUGCCCCUGCUUACCAUGCCCACAGGUCAGCUGUGCUCCACCUCAGCACCAGUCUAGCUGCAGCGCAUGCCACAGGAGUGGGUCCACUUCCCUAAAUACUCCCAGUCAGAGUCCCUAACUGUCUAGUAACUGAGUGGGCUUAAAUGGUUACAUGUUUACUAUUUGAGGUCAGCCCAGUUAAGAUUUCACAGCGAAACUUACUCCUGAGAUGCUAUGUUAACUAUCCCACCCUUAGCUUCAUCCAGACUAGUCACCCUCAUCAAACUUAUUUUCUGCUUCAGAACCAUUGAGAGCAGUCACCUGGACUCUCCUCUGUAGGUGUCCUUAGAGUUGCAGACAUAGGGAUCUCCCAUUCGCUGGCUGAGAUUUCCUUUGCUACCUCACAUGCCUUGUAUCUCAAACGGAGCUUGCCUGCCAGAUUGUCACACACCUUCUCCUCACUGGCUCCUGUGUUCAGCAGUAGCUUCAGUGUCUCUCUGCCGCUCACUUAGGGAGGAACUCCCGGCACUGUGUCCAGCCCCCCUCCAGCUGCCAUCUGUCUGCCUCUGCACUGUCUCACACCCUUGCUCUGCUCCAAUUACUGUCCGUAGGUCCCUAGGUUUGUGCUUCCAGCCUUGUCUCUGCAGGGCAGCGUGAACCUCUGCACAGAGACUUGUUCAGAACUUGAGUCUGACUCCCUGAUCCCCAGGUAGCAGGUGAGAGCCCCUUAGUCGGGGGUCUUCUGCCAUCAGGUUCCAACUUGCCUUCCACGCAGCACCAACUCUUUUCUCUCCUGUAAAGUUUUGGAAGCUGUGCUUCUAGAUUGGUUACAUUAAAAAAAAUUAUUCUCUGUCGCUAUACACAGAAUAGCAAGGGCAUGGUGCUACAUUGUGAGUAGGAAUUUGAGCACCAAAUUGCCUUAUUUGACAGAGUGCAUCCUGUUGGGGAGAUGGGUUCCUUUUAAAACGUGCUUGCUUAAAGCAUUAUUAAUUGUUAAAAUAGAAAAGGACAAAACAAAAAAGAGCCCUAUCUAUGGCAGUAGAUUGUUUCCAUGUGCACGUGGUUAAAUACCACUUUGGAGACAAGAGACAGAAAGAUGAGGGGUGGAGUGUUGCAGUGGGGGGCGGUACAGCCUGACAUUAACCAAGGAAGAGGAGGACAAUUGGUGGUUGUUACAGUUUCUGUUCCCUUUAUAUUCUUUAUCCUCAAGUUACAACACCCCCUCACCCAGUUCCUUUAAAAAAUGUGAUACUUAGUGAGGUUUGUUUGUAGGCCUCUGCCAAGACAUUACCCAAGCUUCUUUCUCCCCAGUCCCUGACAAAAGGCACCGAAUUGUAUUUGAGUUUUUGAGAAGCCUGACUAUUAUAACUAUCCAAUAAAGGUAUCGCCAAGAAUUGGGUUUUCACAUUCUAAAAAUAAAAACUAAAAGUAAAUGUCUUCUGAUUAAUAUAUCAGCCCUAUAGACAUCUUUAUUUGUUCUAUCCAAGUAUUUAAUAGUUCCGCCAAGAAAACAGAAGAUUUUUUUGGUUUUAAAAAAUGCAGUGGUGGUUUAAUAAUGUUAUAAAUAUCCAGCAUGUCCCACUUCAUUACAAUUAACUUUCUAUCAUUACAGUAUUUUAGAUGUAAUAUUUUGGGCAGUCAAAUCUUUUAAAUGUUUGGAAAACAAAAUAGAAUAGUUGUAAUUUAGGAAUAAUUUAUUUAAAAUGCAUGUUUCCUCCACAUAUUUGAACAAUCUGUUCAAAACACAGCUCAUUCAUGUGGGACUUUGCCUGUGCAACUCUGAGUGGGAAUCAGUACUUUCUUUGUUCGUCACUAUGGAAACAAGUCAGCCUAUCCUGAAUGGCUGUUAGAUCAUGCAGAGUGAUGCUCUUAUCUCAGUGUAACUUCAUCACGGAGCAAGCUGGCACUGACAUCUCCUGGCCUCCAGCUCUCCUCUUGGGGGCCCAGCGCCAUGCAGGACCCGCCCCGGCGGCUCUCGGCCAUGCCCUUCCUCAGCUCCUUCUUACAGGGCCGCCGGCACUCCGCCUCAGACACAGUACUGAGGCUGCCGCAGGGGCAGCACAGCUCCGGCUCCGGCUCCAGCUCCGCCACCAAGAUGCUCUCCUCAUCCUCUCUCCAGGUGAUGCUAGCUGUGUCCUCUCUCAGCUGCGCCAAGAGAAACCCAACUUGCCCCGAGAGAAAAAGCAAUUCAGGACGUCCAACACCAAAGUAUACAAAAGUCGGAGAGCGUUUACGGCAUGUCAUUCCUGGACACAUGGCCUGCUCCAUGGCCUGUGGGGGCAGAGCUUGCAAAUAUGAAAAUCCAGCCCGCUGGAGUGAGCAGGAGCAGGCCAUUAAGGGGAUCUACUCAUCCUGGAUCACCGAUAACAUCCUGGCCAUGGCUCGCCCGUCCACUGAGCUCCUUGAGAAAUACUGCGUCAUCGAGCAGUUUCGGAGCCAUGGCUUAAAAACAGUCAUUAACCUGCAGCGGCCUGGUGAGCAUGCCAGCUGUGGGAACCCUCUGGAACAAGAAAGUGGUUUCACGUACCUUCCUGAGGCUUUCAUGGAGGCUGGCAGUAAGUCCUUCCACCCUUCUCUCCAAGACAGUACUCAGAGACUUUGGUCUGCUCAGCUCUUAGCUUUAAAAGUUUAUUUCUACAAUUUCGGAUGGAAGGAUUAUGGUGUAGCGUCGCUUACCACCAUCUUAGAUAUGGUGAAGGUGAUGACAUUUGCCUUACAAGAAGGAAAAGUAGCUAUCCAUUGUCAUGCAGGGCUUGGUCGAACAGGUGUCUUAAUAGCUUGUUACUUAGUUUUUGCAACAAGAAUGACUGCUGAUCAAGCCAUUAUAUUUGUUCGGGCAAAGCGUCCCAAUUCCAUUCAGACUCGAGGACAGCUACUGUGUGUGAGGGAAUUUACUCAGUUUCUGAUUCCUCUUCGCAACAUAUUCUCUUGCUGUGACCCCAAAGCACAUGCUGUCACCUUAACACAGUAUCUGACUCGCCAGCGGCAUCUACUUCAUGGUUAUGAGGCGCGACUUCUGAAACACGUGCCAAAAAUUAUCCACCUUGUGUGCAAAUUGCUGCUCGACUUAGCUGAGAACAGGCCCAUAGUGACAGAAGCGGUAGAAGCACCCGGCCUCUCGGCCGAAAUUGAAAAAACCGUUUCUGAGGUGGUCACAAUGCAGCUGGACAGAGAGUUCCUGAGGCACGGCAGGGAGGCGUCGGACUCCUUCGCUCCCACUGCAGUGGCGGCGGAUGUUGAGAAUCAGGAUAUGAUUCUUCCCAGUGAGCAAGAGUUUGACCCUCUGUGGAAGAGACGGAAUGUAGAGUGCCUUCAGCCCCUGACUCACCUGAAAAGGCAACUCAGCUACAGCGACUCAGAUUUACAGAGAGCCGAGUCACUUCUGGAGCAGUCAGGGACCCCGUGGACAGCAUCUGCUCAGAUCUCAUUCUGCCACAUCCCUAGGCAGCGGAUGCCCAUAGGCCACUGUGACACCCCACAGACUCCACAGCUGGAUUUCAAUAAGGAAAUGCUGGUCCACAAUACAUUUUCUUUCUGGAAUCCAACUAAAUUUGGAGGCUUAGAACGACUGAAAGAUGACGGGUCACCAAUUUUCCAAAGGAAGAAUAUUCCAAAGGAAGUACAGCGAAGUAGAACCUUCUCUUCAGGUGUUUCAGGUUCAUCCAACCCUGGGGAACCAGUUACACCCAACGUUGCAGAUAUCCCUAAGAAACCACACUGUUCUCCCCAGCAAGGGACCCCAUGUCAGUGUGAAGUUCAUGGUGGCCGCAGCAGUCCUGUGGACUAUGGCUCCAGCCCCAAAGCACAGUCCUCGGUUGAACCUAAAACACAGAGCAGCAAAGAUGUGCCUGAAGUCGCUCCACACACUGCUCUACAGUCUGAACUCAGUGUUGAAGAAAGGAGAAUACUGGCAGCCAAAGCCCUGGCAAACUUAAGUGAGUUUGCAGAAAAGGAGGAAGUGAAAAGGAAGGUAGAAAUGUGGCAGAAAACGUUCAGAAGUAUGUACUGUCAAAAGAAAGAGCUAAAUUCCCGAGACGGAGCUUGGGAAAGAAUAUGUGGUGAGAGGGAUCCUUUCAUCCUGUGCAGUUUGAUGUGGUCGUGGGUGGAGCAGCUGAAGGAACCUGUGAUAACCCAGGAGGAUGUGAGCAUGUUGGCUGACAGAUGUGCAGAUGCUGCAGACGCACUGUUUCUAUUAGAGAAGGUUCAUUUUGAUUCUGAAAAUGGACCCAUAGUUUACAGCACCCUAAAGAAAAUAUUUAAGCACACACUUGAAGAAAAAAGAAAAAUGACAAAAGACAGCCCUAAGCCUGGUGUUUAGGGCAGCCGACUUUCCCUUCAUUGUGAAUAUUUCAGACCAGAAGACCCAGGCGGCGUUUCUGCUCCUAGAGGAGCAAGGUCAAGUGCAGAGCUGCUUCAUCUCCCAGCACUUUGCUUCAUGCUCGUGGUUGUGCUAAGAAUGACUGCUUCUGUUUGGAGCAAUUCUGUAUUUUAAGAUAUCGUUGAGCUACAUUUUUAUGUUGAAAAAUUGCCAUAAAGUUGGUUCCGCUUUAUUUAUUUAACUGAAUUAAUAUUGUUGUAUUACUAUUUUAAGUAAUGUAUGUUUACAUCCUUAUUCUUUUUGACAUUUUGGAAAAAAGUUGUAACGCUUCUUUCCGAAACAAUUAUCCUGUUGACAGAACUCCUACCAUUUUUACCAAGUAGAUGUCAGUAGUAAAAUCUGAGUGUGUCCAUCCCCUGAUGCAUGAUGUAAGGAAGUCACCAAGUGUCUUAAACCAAGUGUUUCUUAUUUCUUAAUAAGAAGGUUGUUGAUACAAUGUUUUUAAAGGAUUUUUUCCAAUUGUUGAAAUCUUUUGUGUUUUUUUCUUUUUAUAAAUGUGGCAAAGCGUUUAAAAAUAUAUUCUUUUUCAGAGUAGUUUAGUUUUAUUGUUAAAGAAAUGACUGUGAGAUGGUUGGGGUUUUUUUUACUUGUAGAAAGUAGACUUGCUCAGGCUUCUCGACAAUGUUGCCAACCUUUGCUGUCACAGGAGACAGGAGUGGUUCUCACACAUCAGCCUUAUUCCCACUCCCCUGGGCUGCUGCUGAGUCAAAUAGCAUCUUCACAGAGGAAUUGGGCUCAGUGGCCGGCGCUGUGGGAAGCUGCUCUGAAGCAGGACGCCACAGAAAGGCCGGCCUCCAGGCACUGCAGCCCUCCCCAGUGCCAUGUCUGUUCAUGCUGACGGGGUGAUAGCGUGACAUCUGGCCCAUACCUCCCAGUCUGCCAUUCUAUAGACCAAGUUGCCUUUGACUGCCUUUUGACUAGAACAAGUAAGAUUUUUAAAUUGAAUUUGACCCACUUAGGUUAUAUUCGCCCUACUGGCUUUAGAUAAGAACCUAAACUGGUUUCUUGUAGAACCAAACCAUCAGUCAGCUAUUGAAGCCAUAACUAAUAUUCAAAUGAACAGGUGGGGUACCUAGGCCAGGCCAGAGAGGACCGAAGUUUUUCCCAAUAAAGGUGAUAUUAAUCAAACCAUUUUCAAACUAAAGAAACUACUUAAUCAUAAAGACAGAAUGUCAGGAAAAGCUAAUUAACAACAAAUGAAAUUUCUCUAACUUCUGCAUUUGUGAAUCAAGCUCUAGCACAUUAAAAAUAUUUUAGUCAUUAUCAGUCUUACUAACUCUGCUGGCAAACACUAAAUGCCAUUUCCUCCCACACUGUUUGCAUUUUCUUAGGAAAUCGAAUCCAAUGAGUUUUAAUGAACCAGGUUGUCCAUUCCUGAUAUUUCUCAUUUUCAAGUGCCUGAUUUAGGAAAUUAGGAAAGAAGACAAUUGCAUUUUAUCCAAAGAUAUGUUAUUAAAAUGUUUUGUACCCAAA